AUGAAUGCUGAAGUCUCUCAAUAUGACAAGUUUAAAGAUGUGGGAUUUCUGACUAGAUAUGACACAGCUGUCAUCACUGAUUGGCAAAAGAAAUUUACUCCAGAACAGUUCUAUAUCACAAGAGAAAAAGGAACUGAACUGCCAUUUUCUGGAAUCUAUCUGAAUAACAGAGAUCGAGGAAUGUGCCAUUGUGUAUGCUGUAAUGCCCCAUUGAUCAGUUCAGAGAAGAAAUACAAUUCUGGCACCGGAUGGCCUUCAUUUUAGGAAGCUUUUGAUGCAUGUGGUUCACAUUAAAGCAAUACCAAUAUCCAGAGGUGUCCAGAUACCUCAUUGGGAUCAAUCAGCAUGGAAGUCAUUUGCAAGCAAUGUGAUGCCCAUCUUGGUCAUGUGUUUGAUGGUGGUCCCAGACCUUCUGGACAAAGGUUCUGUAUGAACAGUGUUUCGUUAACCUUUAAACCAAGCUUAGACUAUUAA